CUUAAUUCCUGGCGUCAUACCAGAACCAGUUAUCAUUUGCAGACGACUUCUCGCAGAUGUCUCGCAUUAGAUCAGACUUCACAGGCCGCGUAGUCUACAGCCUACCUAGAGUGAUGCCGCACUUGUUUGUUUGGGAUAACAACACGUGGCGUCGGGCAGUUAACGGAUGCCUGUCUGAAAAUAAUCCUACACUUGGAUGUUGGAUAGUAUUUGCAGUUCGCACUGAUAGGCUACGUGAGCAUUUUAAAUGUUUAAAUGAUUUAAUGUUUUGUUCUCAAUUAGGCCUAUUGCUGUUUUAACAAAACAUCCCACCCGCGGCUAUAGUUUGGUUUGGCGCACCAUAUUUUUCCUUCAGUUUUUGCGCAACGCCGGUCCUUGGAAAAAAAUAAAACAAGAUCUCCAUUUGGGACAUCCAGUUUUUCUCACUGCAGGGUGAACUAACCGAUAAGAGUGUCCUAGAAUCUUCCUCUGUAAACAAUGGCUGACAAUGAGAUAUUCAAUGACCCAGAGAAGCUGAAGAGGGGUCUAGUGAAGGUUUUGGAAUGCGUGGCCACCAUCUCGUCUGCAGCAGCGGUGGUCAAUCCCAUCUUCGGUGUGGCUGGUUCUCUCAUCCGGGUGGUGCUGCACCACGUGGACGAUGAAGACAUCCAGAAACUCAAACGUGAAUUUGGCAGCGUGAAUCGAGCCCUGGACGAAAUCUCACAGCAGAACCGUCAAGCCCUGCUGCAAAUCCAGAAGGAAACGGUGGACAAACAGUACCACGAGGUAGAAGAAAACAUUCGCAAUCAGUUCCGCAAAUUCAUGGAGAUUGUGGAGGCCAAACCUGAGCAAGUGCAACGCAAGAAGGAUGAUUUCGUAGAGAGUUUCAUCAAUGAUAAAGAUGACCAGAACAUGUACACGCUUUAUGAAGGCGUGAUGGGGAAGCGCAAACUCUUCAGUCAGCCCAUCCUAGAUGUUUACAUGAAGCAUUCGCAGGGUGACCAGGGUGUCAUGGAAAACCUCUGCACUCGACUCGCGUACCUGUUCUGCAUCGGUUUCAUCGCUCUGAUGGGCUACUACGGCAUCCUGGGGGAUGAUUUGGAAUCUCGAAACGAAGAGUGGGAAGAGAAUAUGAGGAACGUGCAGGAGAAGAUGCAGGAGGUGCUGAGGAGAUGCAAGUGAUCGGGAAAGCUUUCUGCACAACCGAUGCUCUUUAUUGCCUUUGCGCUUUACCUUUUCCGCUUAAACUAAUAGAUUACAUCAACCUGCAGCUUUAGCUCCCUGAUGACCACAGGUCAUGCUGAAGCGUACACAAUCAUUUCCUGUAAUCUAGUUCUUGUUUUUUGUUUUUGAAUCAGUUUAAUACUACAUGACCAAGAUAUGUCACACUAACCUAAAGAAUGCUGGUUGUGGUUAUAUAAACAUAAUUCAAACUCAUAAGCAGUGUCACCUUGAAAAUUGACUACUUGAUGAACAACUUGUUUCCUGAAUAAAUAUAUAGUAUAUACAAAUGUGUUCUAUAAAAUACAUAUAUAAUUUAAAGAAACUAUGUAUCUAUCUAUAUAUUCAUAAAUGUUGCAAAAUAAAGAGCAUGCAAUUUACUGUCUGUGCAAACCAAGAUCAAAAUUUCGAUGUGAAACGUUCAUGUUUAUUAUGUAUCUUUUUGGCACAUUUAGUAAUAGAUUUAAGUGUGCAUUUAAGGUGUUUUUUUUUUUUGUGCCAUUAGAACAGAUUAUCAGAGCAUAUAUUUUAAUAUGAAAGGUGAAAUCUAAACUGAAGAAAACUUUUUGCAUUCCUUUGACCCUUUUAUUUUGGAUAAAUUGAAAAAUGUGGUUGCUAUACAGUGGCACAAUGUACAGUGCUGCACGUUUAGUCUUAAGUUCAUCUAAAUAAUCGUGUUUGUUCGUCCUUAAUCACAUUUAUUUAUCCAUAAAGCACUGCAAUAUACAUAAAUGUACCAUUUUUUUAUUAUUCAGUCUUUGGAAUGCUGUUGCGCUUAUAAUGCUGUACAAUAUCGUUAGAUUUUUCAAUAAAGAUACAAGGAAUGAAAACUA